AUGGAUAGCUUGGAUACUGAGAAGGUAAAGAAGAUCAUUUGGAAAAGAAGUAAAACCGAGCUGGACACGAAAGCUGAUAGCGCGAACUCUUCAGUAACAUGCAAAGGAAGGGGUGAAAAAAGGCAGUGCUGUGAUUCUAGGCAAGUUUCUUCAAUCCCAAUGCACAGUAAUUUGGCUCAACCGUUUGUGUUGCCCGUUUUACCCACUCGAAAGGUCGACAAAUGGUGCUCGAAUAUUUCGACUGUGUUUACCGGGACAGCUUGUAGAGGGACAGGGCCGCCUGUGGGGACAGUGGACAUUGGUAUUGGCAAAUUCUCCUAUUACUUCUGCAUUGCCUUACCUGGAGUCAAACAUGGACCAGGAGAAUUCUACUGUCAUAUACAGAGUGACGGGAAAGUCAGGGUUGAAGGUGUGACAUCAACUGGAGGGAAAAUAGUCGAAAAAUACUCUCGAGUGUUCGAGAUGAAGAUCCAGCAGCAAUGCCCAACUGGCCCAUUUACCCUCUUCUUCACCCUGCCGGGGCCCGUCGAUCCUAAUAAGUUCUUUCCCACUUUCAGAUCCGAUGGCAUAUUCGAAGCCAUUGUGUCAAAAACAUGA